CUGACGUAAUUUGCGACCCUGAACCAAGCUGGCGCGUUGAUCGUUCAGCCACGCGCGUGGAGACUUUGGUUAAUACAAAACCAUAUGUCGUGUCCGAACUUGAUCCUUGCAUCUCAUCUUCUUGUUUCACAGGGUGUUUGUGACAGAAUCACUUGAAAUCGUCAACCUACGCAGGCGCACCACCACGCAUGGCAUUUUCCACAGCAUUAUUGUUACACUGAAGGCUUCUUUGCGAUUUCAACAUGGCCACUGUUACUACUACUGCCGCUGUCAAUCACCGAAUCGAUCAGCAAUAUGCCCAAGAGGGCGACAAAAGCAAAUCUAAAACUCAAGCAGCAAUCGAGUUCGCGCAACAAGCUGAGCGCCUUGGACAAUAUACCCCAACUCAGGAAAGCGAUGCGACCGGCUCCACACAGGCAAUAGAAGCCCAUUUUGUUACUGCGCAAGACGCCGUGAUUCAGACGGCGGACGGUGGCCGACUUCCUGCUGUCCCUAUCGAAGAAGCGACCAAGCUUAAUGAGCUGAGAGACAUUUUGGAUGACCGAGAUCCCUCGCAGAAAGAGCCUGUGGAAGCGAACAUCCGCGAAGCAAAGGAUGGCACUAUCCACGGCCUCCUUCCAAAAGAGGAUGAACAAAACGGAGAAGGAAAAUCGGAUGCACCAUUAACAGACACAAAAGCCCCAUGGAAAACGAACCCCCUGUUUCCCCCACUCCCCAUGUACGGACCGCCAACCCUGGGGAGAAGAGUUCACUGUUGGAUGUUCCGAGUAUCUUCCGGCAUCCUCUCCUUUUUGUUCCUCCUUGUCAUCAUACUGGGUGCUGCAUUCACGUCAUUGCCGGGCAUGGUGGAGCACUUGUGGCUACGAUUAACCUUUCGGAAUCCUGAAAAGAGGCGUCCUUUCUAUGAAGAGGAAAAUCGACGAAAGCGGGCGAGAAGAUUAGAGGAAAGAGCUUGGAAGAAACAGCGCGCGACUCAGUCAGACGGGAAGUUGGAAGUCGACGAAGAGGGCGAACAGGCGGAGGAAUUUCUGCCUCUGGAAGGGGGCCCUGAUCCGCUCAAGUGCGAUGUGCGCUACUACGCACGUCGGGUCGGGCUUGAUUGUGAAAUAUUUGACGUUCAGACUGAGGACGGCUUCAUCAUCGAGCUGUGGCACCUAUAUAACCCGCGUGAAUACAAACGCACCAAGGAUAAUCAGCGGGAACCACAUUCGCCCGAAAUAUUCCCCGACAAUAGCUCGUCCGAUGGCGUUGCAGGUUCGCAACACGCAACGGGUGAGAAGAAGUACCCUGUGCUCAUGAUUCAUGGCCUGUUACAAUCGGCAGGUGCAUACUGCACCAACGAUGAUGACAGCCUAGCUUUCUUCCUCGCAAAGAGUGGUUACGACGUAUGGCUAGGUAAUAAUCGUUGUGGGUUUAACCCGCGGCAUAUCAUGUUGCAAUAUGGCGAUCCGAGAUUAUGGGUUUGGAACAUAAGACAAAUGGGUGUCCUAGACCUUCCAGCUCUCAUAUCGCGUGUGCUCUCAGAGACAGGCUUCGAGAAGCUAGGGCUCAUUGCACACAGUCAAGGCACGACACAAUCACUAGUCGCGCUUGCGAAAGAGCAAAGACCCGAAAUUGGCGACAAGAUCUCCGUCUUCUGUGCAUUGGCACCAGCAGCGUACGCAGGCCGGCUCAUUGGAAAAGCGCAGUUCAAGUUCAUGCAAGUGAUUAGUCCUGCAAUGUUUCGGACUGUAUUCGGCAUCCAUGCCUUCAUUCCUUUCAUGAUGAUGAUGCAUUCUCUUCUUCCGGGUGGCUUUUAUGGCUCUAUGGGAUAUCGUGUGUUUGCCUUCCUCUUCAACUGGACCGAUGAGCGCUGGGAGCGAGAUCUUAGAGAUCGCAUGUUUCAAUUCGCACCCGUAUACGUCAGCGCAGAAAGCAUGAGAUGGUGGCUCGGACGAGAGUGUUUCGCGAAGCAGAAAUGUAUACUCGCUACGCGUGAAGAGAAGACAAUGGAGGAUAAGGAGGAUGAAGAGGAGGAUUAUAAGGCUACCCGCUCUCAGUCUGAGGAGGAAUCUGAUGAUGACGAAGAUGAAAGGGAAAAAUCUAGAGAUACCCUACCUGGACUCAACACACUCGACAGAAAUAAGCAUGGCCUACAAACAACAGACAGCAACCGUGCCCGCUUCGCAUGGUACGGCCCUCAUACACCGCCGUUUGCAUUCUGGGUCUGUGGGGCCGAUGACCUUGUCGAUGGCCGCCGUCUUCUCCGUCGCUUCGAGCGCAAUCGCGAGCCCUUCGUUGACGUCGUACACUCUAAGAUUAUAGAAGGCUACGAGCACCUAGACGUUAUAUGGGCUAUGGAUGCUAUCGAGAAGGUCGGAAAGGAGGUCAGGGAAGUUCUGUGGAGAACUGCACCGGACGAGGCCAGAAAGGUGUGUCGAACACCUAGAGGGUGCGAAGACAUCAAUGAGUUUUACCAACGGAGAGGCGAAAAGAGAGAGAGUGCAACUAGAGAGGUCGAUGUCACAGCAGGUGAGUGGAGCGAGAAGGGGAAGGAGCAAGUUGAGGGUGGUGCGGGAGAAGGUGAUAGAGAUUUGGAAAAAGAGAUGAAGGAGACCCAGAGGAAUGUGCUUGAAGAGUAAGACCAGAAGGGUGUAUUAGAGGUUGAUUGAUUUGGGUUUGCAUAUAAACUCAGCUAGAUCGUGGGGACCAUGAGUUUUUCCUACAGCAUACGUUAUAUACCCUUGAAUUCUCGAUGGCUAGACUAGAACGGAUAGUACAAACAGCCUAAUACAUAGACUAUCAUAAACCCU